UUUGCGAAAAAUAAAUAUAUACGUUUCUGAUACUAUUAUCAGACCCUUUGAACCUCAGCCCAUUGAAUGAGAUAAUGGAUGACACGACAUGGGAACAGAAACUGCAAGCUUUAACCCACAUCUUAACCAGCCCCACAACCUCACCAUCACUCUACUCACAGUUCUUCAUCUCCACUCAAAUACCUUGCUACAUCAACUGGGAUUAUCCUCCUAUCCUCUGCAACAAACUCACCUUCCCUCCUCUUCUUCUGAGGUGGGGCUUCUCUCUUUUCCUCAAAAGGGUCUCAAGAUUUGGGCUUCCUCACACUUCUUGGAGGUCCAAGUGUCCCUACCAACAGCCUCCACCUUUGAUUCUUUCUAAGGGCGUAGAGGAAGCACAGUGGGGUGAUGCGCAGAAAAGAGAGUACGUUAGGAUGAGACUUAGAAGGAAACGCCUUGGAACUGAUGUGAAUCCUUUGAUUCCUACUUUAUUACCUAAUCUUUUGUUGUUCUCACUUUUGCUUUGGAACCCAUUUCCUGUCGAUGAUUCUUGAGAUGAUUUUCUUUAGUUUGUGUAAAUUAAAUUGUAAUGCUGUACGCUAUCUCAAUUACAGGCUUUAUUUUGGCUGGUUUUAGUAUUAAAUUUUGA